AUGAAACAUGUUCUCUUGGUACAAUCUUACAAGGGUAAAUGGGGAUUCCCCCAAGGCAAAGCGGAAAAGGAAGGAAAAGAGGAUCCAUUCGAUUGUGCUGUGCGGGAAGUUCUCGAGGAGAUCGGAUACGACAUUCGGAAGAAAGCGUCCGGUAAAUUUUGGGAUGUAAUGUUUACACAUCCCUCGAGAUUAUACUUGGUUCCUGAUGUGCCAUAUUCGACGAAUUUCCGGCCUCAAACGAGAAACGAAAUACGGAGGAUAAAAUGGUUUCCGAUCGAGAGUCUACCGAACAGUAACGCUGAGUCCUACAAGGGUAAAUGGGGAUUCCCCCAAGGCAAAGCGGAAAAGGAAGGAAAAGAGGAUCCAUUCGAUUGUGCUGUGCGGGAAGUUCUCGAGGAGAUCGGAUACGACAUUCGGAAGAAAGCGUCCGGUAAAUUUUGGGAUGUAAUGUUUACACAUCCCUCGAGAUUAUACUUGGUUCCUGAUGUGCCAUAUUCGACGAAUUUCCGGCCUCAAACGAGAAACGAAAUACGGAGGAUAAAAUGGUUUCCGAUCGAGAGUCUACCGAACAGUAACGCUGAG